AUGGAAUCCACACCAAAGCUCAGAGUUCUUUGUCUUCAUGGUUAUCAACAGAAUGCUACAGUUUUCCGGGAUAAAUCAGGCAGUUUCCGACGUCCUAUGAAGAAAUACGUUGAUUUCGUUUUUAUGAAUGCUCCACACGAAGUUGAAUGGGAACAUGCUUCAGUAACUUCCGGUGAUGAAGUGUCAGCAAGUAUAGCACCAGCAGAAUGUCGAGGAUGGUGGUAUGUCGCGGAACGUUUUCAUACCAAGGAAGUGAAAGAUCAUGAAGGUUUCGAGGAAUCUGUGCAGGCAGUCACUGACUUUGCUCGGAAGGAAGGACCUUUUGAUGGAAUACUUGGUUUUAGUCAGGGUGCGACCUUGGCUUUCUUGUUAUCUGCUCUGAAGCAAAAAGGAGAUGUGAAUAUCGAUUUUAGAUUUCUAAUUUUGGUAUCCGGAUUCCCAAGCAGAAAUCUUGAACACCAAAAACUGAACAGAAUGGCUCAUCCAAAUCUUCCGUGUCUGCACGUAUUCGGUGAAACCGAUAAGGUUGUUUCUCAUGAAUUAAGUGCAAAGCUUGUGGAAAAUUUCGACAGAGAUAUGGUUGUUGUGGUUGAGCAUCCAGGUGGACAUAUGAUGCCCAGUAUGUCUAAAUAUAAGAUGAUGAUUGAUAAAUUCUUCGAAAUAGUUAAAAGUGUUGUCAGCACUCAAAAAUAA